CAUUGGUGUGGGUGGAGCUUGUGGAAUAACAGCGCAGCUCCAUCUUGGUUGUAGGAUUUGACGGGAGCUUUGACCUGUGUCGGAGAGGACCCACACGGAGCUGUACAAUUAUGAGACCACUCCCACUACCGACGACUUGGCUUCCGAAACUGCUCUUAGUGUAGAGAUAGAGUGCUUUCGCUCAGGGUUGACGGACUAUUAGUUCACAGCCAUCUUAAAACAUGUCUGGUUUAAUUUGCACUCUGGUAAAAACACCGCGGAAUUGACGACACCCACGGUGUUAAAUUAGAUCCCCCGCGUUUAAUGACAUUGUUUGAGUCCGUGGCAGCGACCGCCGUGAGACAUGGCUGACAGAACUGCUCCCAACUGCCACCUGAGACUGGAGUGGGUGUACGGAUACCGGGGACACCAGUGCCGCAACAACCUCUACUACACCGCCGCCAAGGAGAUCGUCUACUUCGUGGCUGGCGUGGGAGUGGUGUACAACACCCGAGAGCACAAGCAGAAAUUCUACUUGGGCCACAACGAUGACAUCAUCAGUCUAGCUCUACAUCCUGAACGUGUGUUGGUAGCUACUGGACAGGUGGGCAAGGAGCCUUACAUAUGUGUGUGGGAUUCCUACACUGUGCAGACUGUGUCGAUCCUCAAGGACGUGCACACUCACGGCAUUGCCUGCCUGGCCUUUGACCUAGAAGGACAGUGCUUGGUGUCCGUGGGUUUGGACUCUAAAAACACAAUAUGUGUGUGGGACUGGAGGAGAGGGAAGGUUCUGGCAGCCGCACCGGGACAUACAGACAGGAUAUUCGACAUAUCUUGGGAUUUAUACCAGCCAAGCAAGCUCGUAAGCUGUGGAGUCAAACAUAUUAAGUUCUGGAGCUUAUGUGGUAAUGCUCUCACACCCAAACGUGGAGUUUUCGGCAAGACAGGGGAUCUGCAAACAAUCCUCUGCCUGGCAUGUGCCAAGGAUGAGGUCACGUAUUCGGGUGCCUUGAAUGGCGACAUCUACGUGUGGAAAGGAAUCAACCUGAUGAGGACAGUGCAAGGCGCUCACGGGUCAGGGAUUUUCAGCAUGAACGCUUGCGAAGAGGGUUUUGCCACCGGUGGCAGAGAUGGUUGUGUCCGCCUGUGGGAUCUCAACUUCAAACCAAUUACUGUCAUUGAUCUCAGGGAAACAGACCAAGGAUAUAAAGGGUUGUCUGUGCGUAGUGUGUGCUGGAGGGGAGACCACAUCCUGGUGGGCACGCAGGAUAGCGAGAUCUUCGAGGUGGUAGUCCACGACCGCACCAAGCCUUUCCUCAUCAUGCAGGGUCACUGUGAGGGUGAGCUGUGGGCGCUCGCCGUGCACCCCAGCAAACCUUUGGCGAUGACGGGAAGCGAUGAUCGCUCAGUCAGGAUAUGGAGCCUUAUUGAUCAUGCCCUGAUUGCUCGCUGUAACAUGGAGGAGCCGAUCCGCUGUGCAGCCGUCAGCACUGAUGGUAUUCAUUUGGCCCUCGGAAUGAAAGAUGGCUCUUUUACUGUCCUCAGAGUCAGAGAUAUGACUGAAGUGGUCCACAUCAAGGACAGAAAAGAGGCUAUCCAUGAGCUGAAGUACUCCCCUGAUGGCGCCCAUUUGGCUGUCGGCUCCAAUGACAACUCAGUGGACAUUUACAGUGUUGUGCAGCGGUACAAGAAAGUAGGAGAGUGCAUCGGCUCCAACAGCUUCAUUACGCACAUGGACUGGUCCACGGACAGCAAGUUUUUGCAGACUAACGAUGGCAGCGGUAGGAGGCUCUUAUAUAGGAUGCCAAGUGGGAAGGAAGUGACGAACAGAGAGGAACUGAAGCUGGUGCAAUGGGCGUCAUGGACAUGUGUGCUCGGCCCUGAGGUAAAUGGAAUAUGGCCCAAAUAUUCGGAUAUUAAUGAUAUCAACUCCGUGGAUGCCAACUUUAACAACCAAGUCUUAGUAACAGCCGACGACUACGGAUUAGUCAAACUUUUACGAUAUCCGUGUAUAAAAAAAGGUGCAAAAUGUAAAAAAUAUUUAGGUCACUCGGCGCACAUCACUAAUGUCAGAUGGUCACAUGACUACCAGUGGGUUAUAACGAUUGGUGGAGCGGAUCACUCAGUGUUCCAGUGGAAGUUUGUUCCUGAAAGAAAGUCAAAAGAGGCGCUGCACAUUGCGCCGCAAGAAACCUUAGCGGACUCUAACAGUGAAGAGUCAGACUCCGAUCAGUCAGACGUACCUGAAAUGGACUCGGAAAUUGAGCAAGAGACACAGCUCACAUAUAGACGACAGGUUUAUAAAGAAGACCUACCUCAGCUCAAAGAGCAGUGUAAAGAGAAACAUAGAGCAACAGCAAUGAAAAAGAGAGAACGAGCACCUGGGAGUGGCUUGAAGCUGCACUUUAUUCAUGGCUACAGGGGCUAUGAUUGUAGAAGUAAUCUGUUCUACACUCAGACCGGUGAGAUCGUCUACCACGUGGCUGCCGUUGGCAUUGUGUACAACAGACAGCAGAACACCCAGCGUUUUUACAUGGGCCAUGAUGAUGACAUUCUCUGUUUGGCCAUCCACCCACUCAAGGACUUCAUAGCAACAGGCCAGGUUGGCCGAGAUUCCUCCAUCCACAUAUGGGACGCAGAAACAUUAAAACCAAUGUCUGUGUUGAAGGGUUUCCACCAGCUUGGAGUGUGCACUUUGGACUUUUCAGCGGAUGGAAAGCGUCUGGCCUCAGUGGGCCUGGAUGACAAUCACACCAUUGUGCUGUGGGACUGGAGAAAGGGUGAAAAGCUCUCAGCCAUGUGUGGAAGCAAAGACAAGGUCUUUGUGGUGAAAAUAAAUCCCUACCUGCCUGACAAGCUCAUCACUGCCGGUGUGAAACAUAUGAAGUUUUGGCACAAAGCCGGUGGUGGACUAAUUGGGCGCAAGGGAAGUAUGGGGAAGACAGAGACUAUGAUGUGUGCUGUCUACGGUUGGUCGGAGGAUAUGGUCUUUUCAGGCACGUGCACCGGUGAUAUUUGCAUCUGGAGAGACAUGUUCCUGAUGAAGACUGUCAAAGCCCAUGACGGCCCAGUUUUCAGCAUGCAUGCGCUUGAAAAGGGAUUUGUGACCGGAGGAAAGGAUGGUAUAGUCGCGCUUUGGGAUGACACGUUUGAAAGAUGCCUCAAAACCUAUGCCAUCAAGAGGGCAGUCCUAGCUCCAGGCUCUAAGGGCUUGCUUUUGGAGGACAACCCAUCCAUACGUGCCAUAUCGCUUGGCCACGGCCAUAUUCUAGUAGGAACCAAGAAUGGAGAAAUUUUGGAGGUGGACAAGAGUGGCCCCAUUACUCUGCUUGUCCAGGGUCACAUGGAAGGUGAAGUGUGGGGCCUGGCCACCCAUCCCCAUCUCCCUCUCUGUGCCACCGUCAGUGAUGACAGAACUCUGCGCAUAUGGGACCUAUCCCCCAGCCACUGCAUGUUGGCCGUGCGCAAGCUAAGGAAAGGUGGCCGUUGCUGCUGCUUCUCCCCUGAUGGCAAAGCUUUGGCGGUCGGUCUAAACGACGGCAGCUUUCUCAUUGUGAACGCAGACACCCUGGAGGACCUGGUGUCCUUCCACCAUCGCAAGGACAUCAUCACAGACAUCAAAUUCUCUCCAGGUUGUGGCAAGUACCUCGCAGUGGCAUCAGGUGACACUUUUGUGGAUAUUUACAAUGUAAUGAGCAGCAAACGCGUUGGAGUGUGCAAAGGAUGCCUCAACUCCAUCACCCAUCUGGAUUGGGACAGGAGAGGGAAACUACUCCAAGUGAAUACUAGUGCCAAAGAGCAGUUUUUCUUUGAAGCUCCCCGCGGAAAGCGGCAGACCAUCCCUGCUGCAGAGGUGGAGAAGAUCGACUGGAGUAUGUGGACGUGCGUCCUUGGCACAUCUGUUGAGGGUGUCUGGCCUGUGAUCAGUGAGGUCACAGAGGUGACGUCUGCUUGCCUUAGUAAUGACAAGAAGGUGCUUGCUACAGGAGAUGAUUUAGGAUACAUCAAGCUCUUCAGAUACCCAGUCAAAGGGAAAUUUGCAAAGUUCAAACGCUAUGUGGCCCACAGUACCCAUGUUACCAAUGUGCGGUGGACCCAUGAAGACAGCCUUUUAGUGACGGCUGGCGGGGGAGACACCUGCCUCAUGAUCUGGGCUCAUGAGCCUGAGACCCAUCGGGAACUCAGACAGUGUGACAGCGAGGAGUCUGACAUCGAGAGUGAGGAUGAUGGGGGUUAUGACAGCGAUGUGACAAAGGAGAAUGAGAUCAACUACACCAUCAAAGCCUUAUCCACCAACAUGCGCCCCAUGACUGGUGUAAAGCCUCACUUGCAGCUGAAAGAACCUUCUGUCGAUGAGAGACAGGGUGUAGUCAGAGGGUCAAGGCCUCCUGUCAGCAGAGCCCUGCCACAGCCUGAGAAGCUGCAGACCAACAAUGUGGGGAAAAAGAAGAGACCCAUUGACGACCUGGUAUUGGAUCUAGUUUUUGGUUACCGUGGCAAUGACUGCCGCAAUAACGUGCACUAUCUGAAUGAGGGGGCUGACAUCAUCUACCACACAGCCUCAGUUGGCAUCGUGCUCAACUUGACCACCUCUUGCCAAAGUUUCUAUGUUGAACACAGUGAUGACAUUCUGUGCCUGACAAUCAAUCAACAUCCCAAAUUCCCCAACGUGGUGGCAACAGGCCAAGUAGGUGAUGCUGGUGACAUGUCAGCCACAUCACCAUCGAUUCACGUGUGGGACGCCAUGACCAAGCAGACGUUAUCAGUGCUGCGCUGUUUCCACUCAGGCGGUGUCUGCUCUGUCAGCUUCAGCGCCACGGGGAAGCUCCUGCUGUCCGUGGGCCUGGACUCUGAACAUACCGUCACCAUCUGGAAGUGGCAGGAAGGUGCAAAAGUAGCCAGCCGGAUUGGUCACACUCAAAGGAUCUUUGUAGCUGAGUUCCGUCCAGACUCGGACACUCACUUUGUCUCAGUGGGGAUCAAGCAUGUCCGCUUCUGGACGUUGGCGGGUCGAGCUUUGCUCAGUAAAAAAGGAGUACUAAGCUCCAUAGAGGACGCCCGCAUGCAGACCAUGCUGUCUGUUGCAUUUGGAGCGAAUAACUUGACAUUUACAGGUACCAUAAGUGGGGAUGUAUGUGUGUGGAAAGAUCACAUUCUAGUAAGGAUAGUGGCCAAAGCUCACACGGGCCCAGUGUUUACCAUGUACACCACACUGAGAGAUGGCCUCAUUGUCACUGGAGGCAAAGAGAGACCGUCAAAGGAAGGAGGAGCUCUGAAGCUCUGGGAUCAGGAGUUGAAACGCUGUCGAGCCUUCCGAUUAGAAACCGGACAGGUCAUUGACUGUGUGCGUUCCGUAUGCAGAGGAAAGGGUAAAAUCCUGGUGGGAACCAGAAAUGCAGAAAUCAUUGAAGUUGGGGAGAAGAAUGCAGCAUGCAACAUCCUGGUUAACGGUCACAUGGACGGGCCAAUUUGGGGUUUGGGCACACAUCCAUCCAGAGAUGUGUUUCUGUCUGCUGCAGAGGACGGGACAGUUAGACUUUGGGACAUUCCGGAGAAGAAGAUGCUGAAUAAGGUGAACUUGGGUCACCCGGCGCGCACCAUAAGCUACAGUCCUGAAGGAGACAUGGUGGCCAUUGGCAUGAAGAAUGGAGAGUUCAUCAUCCUGCUGGUUGCUUCUCUCAAAAUCUGGGGCAAGAAAAGGGACCGGCGCUCCCCUAUCCAGGACAUUAGGUUCAGCCCAAAUUCCCGCUUCCUGGCCGUCGGCUCCACUGAGAGCGCUGUCGACUUCUACGAUCUGACGCUCGGCCCGCAGCUGAACCGCAUCAACUGCUGCCGGGAUAUCCCCAGCUUUGUCAUGCAGAUGGACUUCUCUGCAGACAGCACGUACAUCCAGGUCUCCACUGGUGCUUACAAGCGUCUGGUGUAUGAGGUGCCAUCAGGGAAGCACGUCUUAGAGCAGUCCCACAUCGACAGGAUUACCUGGGCUACCUGGACCAGUGUCCUCGGCGACGAGGUGGUUGGCAUCUGGUCCCGUAACUCAGACAAAGCAGACGUCACCUGUGCCUGCGUGUCCCAUUCAGGCCUUAAUGUAGUCACAGGUGAUGACUUUGGAAUGGUCAAGCUGUUUGACUUCCCAUGUCCAGACAAGUUUGCAAAACAUAAACGCUUUUUGGGCCAUUCGGCUCACUUAACAAACGUACGCAUCACUAGCGGAGACCGCUUUGUGGUGAGUGCUGGUGGAGAUGACAGAAGCCUUUUUGUGUGGAGGUGUGUCCACGCCCCCCACUGAGGACCACAUCUGUACCGCACUGCCCUUCGCCUCCCAGCGUGGCUCUCCAGUGAAGCAUAAAGGAUGCGUUUAAAGUAGAAAAUUACUGCCUCAAAGCGUGGUGCGUGCACAUUCUAGGGUGAAUUGUAAACCAAGGUGGCAUUCAUUCAGCCACUAUUCUCAUUACAUCAUCACUGAAAAAACCAACAUCCAUUGUGUAUGUAUGUGUUAAGGGAUGGGUGUCCUAAAAGGCAGUCCUGCCAGUUGAAGGCCUAUUGUGUUACUAACAAUGCCAUUAAAAAAAAUACAUGUAGCAAACUCAAUUAGCCUUAAUGUGAGCGUUAUGAGGGUUUGUUUUUGUUGUGGUCAUUUGUAUGUUCUAUUUUUUUACUUACAACUUCUGUGGCCUUCCUCCCGAAUGUAACAUCCACUGUUAUGUUCUGGAUGUCAGCAUGCCAAAGCAGACUAUGCACUGUACACCCGACCCAGUCACUGUGUCACCCCGAUGGUUUAUCUACGUGCUUGUGAUGUAGUGCUGGUAAUGGUAGUGGUUGUUGUUGAUUGGUUCAUCCCUUUCAUGACUGUGUUAGUGUUUGUUAACGGGUGUGCAUGGAAGAAAAUCUGUCUCCCUAGAAGGGAACAUAGCUGUAACUUGAUGUUCCGAAUAUUUCUAUCACUUUACAGAGUCCGCUGCUACCAUGUAUACUGAAAAUGUCACAUUUUCAUCAAUAGGAAGGGUGAAAGUUAGUGUUUGUGUAACUGGAUAUAUUAAUGGAAUGUUUUAUCUGCAAGAAAAAUAAGUCUCCUUUUACGACUAUAUAAAAACAAUAUUCUACAUAUUUUGAUUUACACCAGUGUAAAUACCAUUUGUAGAUAUUCUUUUUGUAUAUUUUUGUGAAAUGUUUCUUAAAGUCCACUUUAAUAUUUAAAAGAAGAAGAAACCAAGAACAGGGGGUUUUUCACUUGUGACUGUAUAAUGUUAUGUGUGCAAAUACAACACUUUAUUUAACCAAUGUGAUCAAACUAUUGGUGCUCAAUUGUUAUUAAAAAAAAUCAUGGCU